AUGAAAAUUUUUAAUUUGAUAGUCUUCUGCGCCGAGGCUGCGCGAAAGUCAAGAGAUCGACGAACUGUUAUCAGCUCAAACGAAACUGUGAUUUAUUUGGACAUGCCAGAUGGAAAUUGCGGGCCUUUCGACCUUGAAGAGGGAUAUUUGAACGAGGAUUGCUCAUCACAGGCAAGUCACGGGGACAGUUGUCCAAUUUUAGGUUGUUAUGGCGAGUCGAUAUCGGCGCGCUGUGACUGCACAACCUCCUUCGGUGGUAUCCUGCUCAAGUCAGACGAAUGCCGAUGGAAAGUCGACGAGGAAAGCUACCAAACUAACUGCGUAGAUGCAGGCAAAUGCGAGGAGCUGCAAGAUGAUUUCGGCUCAUGGUCCUGCAGUGACGGGCUCAAGAAAGGAUCUGUUUGCGAGCUCACCUGCGUCGAGAAUUACUCUUACAACGUGGGAAACGGUCGACGAAGAAAAUGCAAAUGCAAAAACUACAAAGGUGGAAACCCAAAGAAUCGUCCAGAGAAGAUGCGAGCCUGCCAGUGGUCCGCGAAGCGAAAUCGCUUCCGAAAAAUAUCCAUCCAACCUGCGUUCAGGAAGAUAUUCUCAACAGCGUCGCUAGGUCGACUCGUCAGAACUGAGCCCAUUUUCAAAGAAGCCGCAAUGCUUUAG